AUGCGUGUUGUGUUCCGCCGAUUGCUGCAGGCGGCGCCGCCGUCUCUGCUGUCAACACGAGGGGCCCCCUCGUGUGUUCACCCGCCUGCAGAGGAAGCCAUCGGCAAAGACGUUAAGGCCACACCAGCGAACUGGGUGACGGCGUAUGUGCUGCCGGAGGUGAUCACGGAGCAGGAGGAGAAGGCGCUUCUGGACUUCUCGGAGCCUUGGUUUGAGCGGCUGACCUACAACGAUGGCCACAUGGACGGCCUCAUUCACCACUACAAGGAGUUCUACCGCUCGUACGCUGCCAUCACGAGAGCAGCAGAGACAUGCAGCGAUGCUGGUCUGAACAUGCCACACGCCAACCUCGAGGUCGAUCUCUCGCUCGUCUCCGGAGCCCUUGCUCGGGCGCACGACCUUGCACAGACGUAUCUGCCGCGUAUCCCCAUCGACGAUCGCGUGCACUUCUUGCGGCUGGCGGGGAGCGGCUUCAUUCGAGCCCAUGUAGACGAAACCCGCAACUCAACCGGCAUUGUCGCCGGCUUGUGUCUGAACGCUGGCCGCGUCAUGACGCUCACGCACCCGGAGUAUCCCGGCGAGUACGUCGAGCUGAUGCUGGCGCCGCGCUGCCUGUACAUCUUGAUUGGACGAGCCCGCUACAACUGGGCGCACAGUGUCGACUGGGUCGACGACGAUGAUGAGCACAUCCGCCGUAUUCAGAAGAGCCUCGUUGUCGAGGGCACGCCAAUACGCUUCGAUGGCGCAGAAACACCGUAUCGCCGGUUUGACCGCACCGCGAUUAUCUUCCGGGGUGUGUCCCCCAUGGCUCUGCUUGCCAGGCGCAUGCGACAGAGAGGUUGA